ACACAAUCACAAAACUACCUGGUGUGUUUGUGCCCACUGGUUACUAUAUUCUGCCAUUAAUAAACAUUUAUUUUCACCUCUGAAAUCAAAAUAGCCAUAAAAAAACUUACUUUAUCAAAAUGGAGAAUCAAGCUUCAAUCCCAUUAUAAUAAAAAUUCUAACUUCGAAAAAGUUUAAGGCAUAGUCUUAAUCUUAGCCGGCCAAGUAAUAUAUUAUAUGGCUUCAAGUUUUUGUCCUUAUUCGAAACAGAGUUAGUGGGUUUCACUCGAUAAAAUCGAAAAUUUUAAGGUGAUAAAAACCAUAAUAUGGGGAAAUAAUCAUCUGGGGUUGUUAGAAAAAUGAGAAAGCUUUGUUUUUUGAGUUUUCUUUUGGGUUUUCUGGUGAUUAGUAGUAUUGAUGUCGUUUGUGGUAGUUAUAUGAAAUACGACACUAAAAGUGUUGUCGUUGAAGGGAAAUUGAAUGUUCAUUUAGUUCCUCAUUCUCAUGAUGAUGUGGGUUGGUUGAAAACAGUUGAUCAAUACUAUGUUGGAUCCAAUAACAGCAUUCAGGGAGCUUGUGUUGAAAAUACUCUUGACUCAGUUGUGCAAUCUUUGCUUCGUGAUCCAAAUAGGAUGUUUGUGUUUGCUGAGAUGGCAUUUUUCCAAAGAUGGUGGGUAGAACAAAGUCCAUAUAUACAAGAGGUUGUGAAGAAAUUACUUGUGGAUUCUGGCCAAUUGGAGUUCAUAAAUGGCGGUUGGUGUAUGCAUGAUGAAGCAACCACACAUUAUAUAGACAUGAUUGACCAAACAACACUAGGCCAUUACUACAUUAAAUCACAGUUCAACAAGGUUCCUAGAGCUGGGUGGCAAAUUGACCCUUUUGGACACUCUGCAGUACAAGCUUACCUACUUGGUGCUGAGCUUGGAUUUGAGUCUCUACAUUUUGCAAGAAUUGAUUAUCAAGAUAGAGCAAAGCGAAAGGGAGAUAAAUCGCUUGAAGUUAUAUGGCGCGGUUCCAAAACUUUUGGUUCUUCUUCUCAGAUUUUCACCAAUGCCUUUCCAGUUCACUAUAGUCCUCCCAAUGGUUUUCAUUUCGAAGUGUUUGAUGACUUUGUACCUGUCCAGGAUAAUCCUAAUCUUUUUGACUUCAAUGUUCAAAGGCGAGUUCAAGAUUUCAUCGAUGCAGCCAUAACCCAAGCUAAUGUGACAAGGACAAACCAUAUCAUGUGGACAAUGGGUGAUGAUUUUCAGUAUCAGUAUGCCGAGUCAUGGUUUAAGGAAAUGGACAAGUUGAUUCACUAUGUUAACAAGGACGGUCGAGUUAAUGCAUUGUAUUCAACACCCUCUAAGUACACUGAUGCAAAAUAUGCAGCAAAUGAGACAUGGCCAUUGAAAACCGAAGACUAUUUUCCGUAUGCAGAUAGCAAAAAUGCUUAUUGGACUGGAUACUUUACUAGCCGACCAGGUCUAAAGCGAUAUGUUCGGUUUCUUAGUGGAUAUUAUUUGGCAGCAAGGCAACUUGAAUUCCUGGUGGGAAAGCGUCCCUCGGGUCCCAACACUUUUGGCCUUGGAGAUGCUUUAGGCAUUGCACAGCAUCAUGAUGCUGUGACCGGUACAGCUAAACAGCAUACGACAGAUGACUAUGCGAAACGCCUAGCCAUUGGUUCUUCCGAGGCUGAAAUUGUGGUCAAUUCUGCUCUUUCUUGUUUAGCCAAGAAUAAUAAAUCAGGAGAACAAUGUGAACCAAAAGAAUUGAAACUUUCCCAGUGUCAAUUACUCAACAUUAGUUACUGCCCACCAACAGAGGAAGACAUUCCAGAAGGAAAAAGUUUGGUUUUAGUGGCAUACAAUCCUCUCGGUUGGCCUCGUACCGACAUUGUUAAAAUACCAGUUAAUGAUGUCAAUCUAGUUGUUCAAGAUUCCUCAGGCAAUACAAUUGAGGCACAGUAUGUAAGUUUAGACAAUGUUACAAAGAACUUGAGAAAAUUCUAUACACAAGCUUACUUGGGAAAAUCAACAAAACAAGCUCCAAACUAUUGGCUUCAUUUUCGAGUUUCUGUACCCCCGCUCGGUUGGAAUACUUACUUUGUUUCAAAGGGAUCUAGUAGUGCAGGAAAACGCAGGCAUGUACUGUCCAAGUUGGAGAGUCCACAAAAUGACACCAUAGAAGUUGGUCCUGGAAAUUUAAAGCUGACAUUUUCGUCUACCUCGGGACAACUAAAACGGAUGUACAAUUCUAAAACCGAGGUUGAUGUACCGAUACAACAGAGCUAUCUCUGGUAUGGUUCAAGCACUGGUAGCGAUUCUGAUUCUCAGGCUUCGGGUGCAUAUAUUUUCCGGCCUAAUGGCGCGCCUCCAACUAUUGUUUCAAGAUCAGUUCAGCUAAAGGUCAUUCGUGGAGCUUUAGUUGAUGAAAUUCACCAAGAGUUUAAUCCAUGGAUUUACCAGGUUACCAGGCUUUACAAGGACAAAGAACAUGCUGAAGUUGAAUUCACUAUUGGUCCAAUCCCCACAGAUGAUGGUGUUGGGAAAGAGGUCAUUACUCGAUUGACAGCGAAUAUGGAAACUAACAAAGUGUUCUACACUGAUUCGAACGGAAGGGAUUUUCUAAAACGAGUUCGAGAUCAUCGAGAAGACUGGCCUCUUACGGUUACUCAGCCUGAAGCAGGAAACUAUUACCCUCUUAAUCUUGGAAUUUUCACCGCGGAUAAGAAAUCUGAAUUAUCGGUAUUAGUUGAUCGUGCUACUGGGGGAGCCAGCAUUGCAGAUGGACAACUAGAGUUGAUGCUGCACAGGCGCAUGAUUAAAGAUGAUUCUAGAGGAGUUGGCGAAGCCCUUGAUGAGAGAGUCUGUGUUGAAGAUACAUGUGAAGGACUAACUGUUCGAGGAAAUUAUUACGUGAGCAUCAACCAGCCCGGUGCUGGGGCAAGUUGGCGUCGAACGACAGGCCAAGAAGUUUACUCGCCACUUCUCUUAGCUUUCACACAUGAGAAAAUUGAGGAUUGGAAAGCUUCUUAUUCAACCAAAGAAACUAGCUUUAAUUCAAAUUAUAGCUUGCCUCUUAAUGUUGCUUUGAUCACUCUUCAGGAGUUGGAUGAUGGAAGUGUUCUUCUUCGUCUCGCUCAUCUAUACGAGGUUGGUGAAGAUCCCAAUUACUCAAAAUUAGCAACGGUUGAACUCAAGAAGAUUUUUGCUCGAAAAAUAAUAAAGGAAGUGAAGGAAGUGAGCUUAUCAGCUAAUCAAGAGAAGUCAAAGAUAAAGAAAAUGGAAUGGAAAGUGGAACAAAACGACACCAAAGGAGACCAAACGACACCAAUUCGAGGGUCUCCUAUAAGCAACUCAACUCUUGUAGUUGAGCUUGGUCCCAUGGAAAUACGCACUUUCUUAUUGAAAUUUUAGUCUCUUACUUCUUAUAAUUAAUAUUAUUAUGCCAUGUUCAAGCUAAUAAAUAAUAAUAAUAAUAAUAAUAUAAUUGCUCAUUUUGUAAAAUCUAAACUUUUAAGCUUCAAAUCUUGUCUAUGUUUACAACAUUUACAAUAAUAAAUUAAUAAUUGAGCCAAAGUUGUUAUACUAACAAAAGGUGAAAGUGGAAACUAAGUUAAGAGUUUUCUUAACUUUUAACGAAAGAUGGUUACUUAUAAUAAUGAUAUUGAGUAAACCUAAGACAUAUAAUUGAAUUUUUAGUAUGAAUAAUUUUGAUAUUUCCAAUCAUUA